AAUGGCAACCGACGCUGAAAAAGGUGAAAAGGAGGAGCAAUACGAUAUCCAAUACGCCGAGGAGUAUAUUCUAACGGAUAUCGAAAAAUCAUUUAUAUUGGCAGCGGAGCGUGGUGAUCUUGCUGGUGUUAGAACAAUCAUUCACGAUAACAAAAACAAUGCCAAAGAAUUCAACAUCAAUUGCAAGGAUCCGAUGAAUCGUUCGGCUUUGAUUUCGGCUAUUGAAAAUGAAAAUUAUGAUUUAAUUAUUUUGUUGCUUGAAGAGGGCAUAGAAGUGGGGGAUGCUUUGCUGCAUGCCAUUUCGGAAGAGUAUGUUGAAGCUGUUGAAGAACUACUGCAAUGGGAGGAACAAAAUCACAAGGAGGGAACACCCUAUAGUUGGGAGGCUGUGGAUCGUGCCAAAUCAACAUUUACACCGGACAUUACACCCCUCAUAUUGGCUGCACAUCGUAAUAACUAUGAAAUUCUAAAAAUUCUAUUGGAUCGUGGUGCCACCUUACCAAUGCCUCAUGAUGUCAAAUGCGGUUGUGAUGAGUGUGUCACUUCACAGGAAACCGACUCGUUGCGCCAUUCUCAGUCACGUAUUAAUGCCUAUCGUGCCCUAUCGGCUAGCUCUUUAAUUGCUCUGAGUUCACGUGAUCCAGUCCUGACAGCAUUCGAAUUGGCUUGGGAAUUGAAACGUCUACAAACUAUGGAAUCGGAAUUUCGUUCUGAAUAUGGGGAGAUGCGACAAGGUGUACAAGAGUUUGUGACGUCACUGCUGGAUCAUGUACGAACCUCUACGGAACUGGAAGUAAUGUUGAAUUUCAAUCAUGAGCCAUCGAAUGAAAUUUGGUUUCCUGGCAAGAGGCAAACAUUGGAAAGAUUAAAGUUGGCCAUUCGUUUUAAACAAAAAACGUUUGUCGCCCAUCCCAAUGUACAACAGCUGUUGGCCGCCAUUUGGUAUGAAGGUCUACCCGGUUUCCGUCGCAAACAAACAUCCCAGCAAAUUGCCGAAGUCAUCAAAUUGGGUUGCAUGUUUCCCAUCAACAGUAUGAAUUAUUUAAUGUCCCCCGAUUCGGAUGCUGGUAAAUUUAUGAAGAAACCAUUUGUCAAAUUUAUAUCACACUCUUGUUCGUAUAUGGUCUUCUUAACGCUUUUGGGUGCCGCUUCUCUACGUAUUGUCCAAAUCAUGUUCGAAUUAAUUGCAUUCCCUUGGAUGUUGGCAAUGCUGGAGGAUUGGCGAAAACAUGAACGUGGCUCCCUACCCGGUCCCAUUGAAUUGGGUAUUAUUAUGUAUAUUAGCAGUUUAAUUUUUGGCGAAUUGAAAUCUCUAUAUUCUGAUGGUAUUUUCGAGUAUAUACAAGAUCUUUGGAAUAUUGUGGACUUUAUAUCGAACAUGUUCUAUGUUACGUGGAUUCUUUGUAGGGCCACGGCAUGGAUUGUAGUACAUCGUGAUCUUUGGUACCGGAAUAUAGAUCCAUUUUUCCCACGAGAACAUUGGCAUCCCUUCGAUCCUAUGCUGUUGUCUGAAGGUGCCUUUGCCGCUGGCAUGGUAUUUUCCUAUUUGAAAUUGGUACACAUAUUCUCCAUAAAUCCACAUUUGGGUCCGCUGCAAGUAUCUCUCGGACGUAUGAUUAUCGAUAUCAUCAAGUUCUUCUUCAUUUAUACUUUGGUUCUGUUCGCCUUUGGUUGCGGUCUCAAUCAGUUACUAUGGUACUAUGCCGAAUUAGAACAGCAUAAAUGUUAUCAUCUACAUCCAGAUGUGGCCGAUUUUGAUGAUCAAGAAAAGGCCUGCACCAUAUGGAGACGUUUUUCAAAUCUCUUUGAAACAUCGCAGUCUCUGUUUUGGGCCUCUUUCGGUUUGGUCGAUUUGGUAUCCUUUGAUUUGGCCGGCAUUAAAAGUUUCACUCGCUUUUGGGCCCUACUCAUGUUCGGCUCUUAUUCGGUAAUCAACAUCAUUGUCUUGCUCAACAUGCUGAUUGCCAUGAUGUCCAAUUCCUAUCAAAUUAUUUCGGAACGUGCCGAUGUUGAAUGGAAAUUUGCCCGCUCCCAGCUAUGGAUGAGUUAUUUUGAAGAUGGUGGCACCGUGCCACCACCAUUUAAUAUGAUGCCAUCGGUCAAGCUGAUGAAGAAGGCAUUCGGUAAGGUGUCACGCAAACGUUCGAAGAGUUUUAUGCGCAAAUCAAUGGAAAAGGCAUUGGCUCUGCAUGAAAAGGUAAUGAAACUAUUAAUACGACGUUAUGUCACUGCCGAACAGCGACGUCGUGAUGAUUUCGGUAUUACCGAAGAUGACAUCAUUGAAGUGCGUCAGGACAUUAGUUCAUUGCGUUUCGAAUUAUUGGAGAUUUUCCAGAAUAACAACUAUAAUGUACCGGAUAUUGAGAAGAAGACAGCAGCAGCAGCUGGCACCAAAAAGGGCAAAGUAAUGGAACGACGUAUUCUCAAAGAUUUCCAAAUUGGCUUUGUUGAAAAUCUUAAAGAAGAAAUGGCUGCCGAGGGUGGUGUCGAUAUAUUCUCAUCCUUGGCCAAGGCUAUGGGGAAAAAGAAGUCACAAAAGGGCGAAAAAGAUUGGAAUGCUAUUGCUCGCAAAAAUACAAUGAGUUCAAAUCCGAUUGGCAGCAAACGUUCAUCAUUGCAACGCCAUUCGCAACGUAGCUUGAGACGCCGCAUUAUUGACGAUGCCAAUGAGGGCUUGCGUAUGAAUCAAAAUCAACUGUUGGCCUACAAACCCGAACUGGGUGAUGUCACACGUGCAACACGUGUUGCCUAUGUUAAAUUCAUGAAGAAGAAGAUGGAACACGAUGAACAGACAGCACCACCAGAACCGGAACCAGCUGCUGCCGCAGCCGGUAAUGAUACCAGGAAGACAAUGAAACGUGUACAGACCCGUAAGGAAGAAAACAAACCCAAAGAAGAUGGUAAACCAGCUGCCCCAGCCGCCAAACCAGGAGAUACGAAACCCGGAGCACCUAAGCCACCAGCCAAUGGUCCGGCACCAGCUGCCAAACCGAAUGCUGCUGAUGCCGCCAAACCAGCCGUAGCUAAACCCGGUGAAGCCAACAAACCUCCAGCAGCGGCCGCUAAAAAAGACGAAGCUGCCAAAACGGAUGCUGCAAAACCACCAGCAGCCGGUGCAGCUGCUGCUAAUAAAGCUGCCGCUCCUGCUGCACCCGGUAAACCCGACGCCAAUGCAAAAUUACCACCAGGUGAUGCGGCCAAAGCAGCUGCAGGUGCUGCCACCAAAGCUGCUGAUGGUGCUGGGGAUAAACCAGCAGCUGAUGCCAAAAAGCCCGAUGAGAAAAAGCCUGACGACAAGAAGCCCGAUGACAAGAAACCCGAUGAUAAGAAACCCGACGGCCAGAAAGCCGAUGCUAAGAAACCAGACGAAAAGAAACCCGAUGAUAAGAAACCUAAGACAAAUAUUAAAGUGGGUCAGAGUAGUGCUGCUGCCGGUGGUGAUCGUGGCAAGUCCACGGUAACUGGUCGCAUGAUAUCCGGUUGGCUUUAA